CGGCGGAUGCGGUGGGGCCGGCCGGACCGUGGUCCGUGCCCGCGGCCCCCGGCAUGUACCGCCGAGAGCGCUCGGUGGCCCUGGCCGCCGGCCCGUCGGCCCUCUACAACAACCUGAGCGUCCUGGCCUUGCCCGCCCGCGGCCUGACCUGCUACGGCGUCGUGCACGGCCCCGCCGCCCAGCUGCUCAGCACCACCCCGGACGGGCAGCCCCUGUGCCAGCGCCAGCUCACGGCCAAGGACGGGGCCGCCGCCGCCGCCGCCAUCGGCCUCAGCCCCUCCCUCGUCACGCAGGUUGACUGGUGUGCCCUGCCCAGCCGCCUGUUGUUGGUGCUGACGUCCCAGAGAGGGAUCCAGAUCUACGAGACCGAUGGGUCCAUCAUGGUCUACUGGCACGCGCUAGACCCUGGAGAGAGCCCUCCAGGCCACUCUACGUUUGCCCGAGGAAUCGCCGCCCGCGGUCACUUCAUCUGCGUGGGGACGGGCUCCGGCCGGGUGCUGGUCUUUGACGUGCCCCCCAAAGGGCCCAACGUCACGCUGAGCGAGGAGCUCCUGGAGCACCGGGUCCCGGUCACCGACAUCGCAGCCGAGGCCGGCCCCGGACAGGCCCAGGGCGACGCUGCCGACGUGGUGACCGCAGAUGACGACGGGCAGCUGUGCGUCUGGAAGUCAGGCCCGGAGUUCCAGCUGCUGACGCGGAUUCCAGGCUGGGGGUGCCCGUGCCCGUCAGUGCGGCUGUGGCGCGGUGUGGUAGCGGCCGGCUUCGGGGACGGGCAGAUCCGCGUCCACGAAGCGGCCACGGGCGCCCUCCGCGUCCAGAUAGACGCCCACGCCCGGGGCCUGUGCGCCCUCGACCUGGCCCCUGAGGCCGGCAAGCUGCUGUCCGCGGCCGAGGAUUCCUUCGUGCACGUCUGGCAGCUGAGCCGAACCCAGGACGGCGGCACAGAGGUGCAGCACUGCCACUCGGAGCGUGUGACGGACACGCAGGUGUGCGGUGCCCGCUUCUGCGACCCCGCGGGGAGCUCCUUCGCCGUGGCCGGCUACGACCUGGGCGAGAUCCUCCGCUACGGGCCCAACUGACCCGCUUGGCCUCAGGCCGGGGUGACCCGUCGCCCCCCCUCCCCGCCGGAUCCGGGAAUAAAACCUCUCCUCCG